AAAAAACCACGAGAAAAGAACAGAGGAAAAAACAGAACAAAAGGGGGAAAAUUUUUCGUCCCACAGGAGGCUGCUUAGAUUGUGGUCGGCUCUGUAUUGGGUUGUGCCGGUUUGAGGUUGUCAGCGUUUCCUUCUUCCGUCCCAUUGAGCAGCAGAGCAUGGCAACAUCAGCUGCAGCGGCAGCCACCUGCAGGCUCUUCUCCUUCAACCCAACCUCUCUCUUCCCUCUCGGGCGACGACCCACCUUCCUCUUCCCCGCCCUCGCCCCGACCCUCGCUCUCGCUCCUCCCAAUUCCGCCUCUCGCCCCACCCACUCCACCACUCUCUCUCCCCACCCCCUGUCCCCCGACGAGGAUCGCCGCCGCCGCCCCAACGUCGUCGACGUCCUCGAGGAGCGGGGCCUGCUCGAGUCCAUCACCAGCGAGAACCUCCGCUCGGCCUGCUCCUCCUCGAGCUCCGGCUUGAGGGUCUACUGCGGCUUCGACCCGACGGCGGAAAGUUUGCACCUUGGCAACCUCCUGGGCAUAAUCGUGCUCUCUUGGUUCCGGAGGUGCGGCCACCGCACCGUCGCGCUCCUCGGCGGCGCCACCGCCCGCGUCGGCGACCCCUCUGGAAAGAGUCUCGAGCGGCCCGAGAUGGAUUUGGAGACCCUGGAGAGGAACACCGCGGGGAUUGCGGCGACGGUAACUAGGAUUCUCGGUAAGGGCAGCGAUGGGGAUGAUGAUGAUGAUGGUUCUUUUGUGAUUUUGAAUAACUAUGAUUGGUGGAAAGAUGUGAAAUUGCUUGAUUUCUUGAAGAGGGUAGGGAGAUAUGCUAGGGUUGGGACGAUGAUAGCCAAGGAGAGUGUGAAAAAGAGGUUGGAGUCGGAGCAAGGGAUGAGUUACACUGAGUUCACUUAUCAGUUGUUACAGGGUUAUGAUUUCUUGCACUUGUUUCAGAAUGAGGGGGUUAGUGUGCAGAUUGGAGGAAGUGAUCAAUGGGGUAACAUAACUGCCGGCACCGAGUUGAUCCGGAAGAUCUUGCAGUUGGAAGGGGCUUAUGGCCUCACAUUUCCCCUACUGCUGAAGAGUGACGGCACGAAGUUUGGGAAAUCGGAGGAUGGCGCGAUUUGGCUGUCGCCGUCAAUGCUGUCUCCUUACAAGUUUUAUCAGUACUUCUUUUCCAUUCCUGACACAGACAUCGUUAGGUUUCUUAAAGUUCUCACUUUCUUGGAGAUCGAGGAGAUAAAUGAGAUGGAGAGGGAUAUGAAAAGACCGGGCUAUGUGCCUAACAUGGCGCAGCGGAGGCUUGCUGAGGAGGUCACCCGUUUUGUUCAUGGGGAGGAUGGUUUGCAGGAGGCUCUCAAGGCGACUGAAGCGUUGAGGCCAGGAGUGGAAACUAAAUUGGAUUGGAAGACCAUUGAGGGAAUAGCAGAAGAUGUCCCAUCCUGUUCCUUAAGUUAUGAUGAUGUAUUGAAUUGUUCUCUUGUAGACCUUUCGGUUUUGGCUGGGCUGAUGGAGAGUAAAUCAGCUGCUCGUAGAUUGCUGAAGCAAGGGGGUAUGUAUUUGAACAACUGUAGAGUCGAUGGUGAGAGUAAGAAGAUUGAGGCUGAAGAUAUCGUUGAUGGGAAGGUUCUCCUGCUAUCAGCAGGUAAAAAGAAUAAGGUCGUUGUACGGAUUUCCUAACCGCAUUUUCAUUUUUUUUUUUUUCAAAAUUAUUGAGUUGGCCUUCUUUUGUGAAGUAACUGCAUGCACAAGAAUUUUGGUUUUACGCCAUAGCACUAUUGGUGAUUUCCUAUAUCACAGCUAAGAUUGCUGACAUUCAGCUGAUGUUGAACACUGUGUUGUAUCUUCUGAAUCCUCCCUUUUUUCAUUUGUUUUCUGGAUCAAUCAAAGAACUCAUCUGAAUAAAAGCAGUUUUGUUGCUUCUUUUUGUCA